AUGGGCGGCUUUGCGGCGAGUGGAGGUGCUCCCACUCAAGGCUCCCUUGAUCAACCCUCGGAGUUCCAAGAAGACAUCCUCUGGGACUUAGAAUACGACUACUACUCGAUAAGUAGUGAUAGUGGCCCAUCGAUCAACUUCAACGGCGGUGACGGUGAUUUGACGAUGGCCUUUUCUGAACCAAGCAUCAAGAAUGAAGCUGGUUUUGACGAGUUCAGUUUAGACGGGAGAUUCUGGCCCGGCUAUACUCGUAUUCCAGGCCUCACCAUGCUCGCGCAGAAUUCUCAUCUCCCCAUAUCGGACCCAUCUCAAAGUCACGAAGUUUCUUCUUCAUAUUCUCUCUACCAAUCGGAAAAUUCAGUCUUUGAGGCGCCAACGCCCCCAAUAAACUAUACCACCCUGAAUACCGACACGAGGGCCUACCAUAGUCCCACAAGCGACGUCUUCUCCAUCACUCUCCCGCAGGCUCCCUUUGCCACCGUUGUUGCGCCAUUGCCCACCUCGCCCGUCCGUUGCAAGCGGGAAUCGUCUUCCGUCUCUUCCACGUCCACCGUUGACGGCGGAGGCCGCAUCAGCAAACCAAAGCAGAGGGUGAUCAAGCAUCAUCCCAACGGCGGCAAGGAUCCCACAACGCCGCACCAGCAGAAACUGCGAAGCCUCAUCGACGCUUCCGCCACCGGCGUCUACCAAGCACACAUUGCUUCCGCCGAGGCCGCGGCCGCCGACCAAGCCGAGUUGAUGCGCAUGUUUCGCCUGGCGCCCAAGCUCUGCACCAACCCGUCGAGCGACUCAACGUUUCCCGUUCGUGAUGCAGACAAGCGAGAGUACGUGCGUAACAUGUACGACGCCAUCUGGGAUUGGUCCGACUACGUGGAAAUGGGAAAGACGCUCGGCUCAGCCAGCAUAAGCGCGAGCCAACCUGUGCCGUCGCGCGCGGAGCAGCAAAAAAAGGUGUUGAGCAACCCGCUCAACGACUAUGUUGUUGAACAGCUCUGCUGGCGUUUGCUUAACUUUGCGGAAAACGCACAGCAGGGCAUACCCACUGUCGACUUUUGGGCCGGCGCGGAUGGGGCGUGGGAGUCAUACGCGACGUUUGGGGAUCGCGUGGCCGCCAUUGGCGACAGUCUGCGCAGCUCCAAGCAGCUGGUCAAGUCGCUGCUGACGGCCGGCGACCGCUGGUGCGCGCGCAUCGCCAACAACCCAAGAGGCGAGUACACGCACAAGGUGAAUAACAUGAAGGUCAAUCAGCGCAAGAACGAGCGGCUGCGAGAGGCGACGAGCGCGCGGCGGAAGAAGGAGGAGGAGGAGGAGGAGUAG